AUGCUGCGCCGCGCAUGCCGACGUGCGGCGUCUUCGCAGGCGCAUGCGCGCUCCUUCUCGCCUCGUACCGUGACGAGAGUGCCUAAUUUACGGCUCGAGGACAAGCGGAUCAACGUCUUACUGUCCAACAAGACAACGUCGGACAACUUCGUCUUCGCCUGUCGAGCGCUGCGCUGCAAGGAUGAGACGACGUUAUUAGCAGCCACGGACCCGUCGGCGUGGAAUGUGGCGCUGCAGCGUCGACUGGAAAAACGAGACGAACGAGGCGCUGCGGAGCUGCUGGGGCUCGUGGCUAAUUUCGCUCGCGAAAACGCCAGUGAGCCGGUGUGGACGGAUCUGAUGUUUACCGUUUUACGACAACGAUCGUCGCGUGGGUUCCGUAGAGAAGAGAUCCACCAGCUUUUAGGCCAAUUGAAGAAGCGAUACGGACCUCAGUUCGUGGCUCGUGUGCUGGUUGAAGUGGUCAAUGGAUGCGCCAACAUUAAAAUGACUGUUGCAGGGCAGCAAUUGCUGCUGUAUCAUCAGAAACUAUGGCCUGAAAUCCGGGAAAAAGAGUUUGGCUUAAGCUCACUGGAGCCACUGAUGCCACCGUCCAUUGUUGGGCAUUUGAUGGCCAAAAUGACGCAGAAGAAGGAGUACACGCAAGUGCUGGGCCUUGCGACGGAGUAUUUCACCCACCCAGAGUUUGAUGCAGCCAGAGACUUUCAGCAGCAAGGGUUUCUCGCGCUGUUUCGAGCGAGUGUGAAGGCGAAAAUGAGUCCAAGAAAAAUUGUACGAACGUUUCUGGAUUUUGUGGAGGGAAGUGUGCGCUCAAGUGGCGGUGAUCUGGAGAGGAUCAAGCAUUUACAGCUGGAACAAGGCUUUGGUGCUGUGAUCCAGUGCUGUGUGGCGCUCGAGGAGUUUUCGCUGGCGUUGCAUUGCUUUUCGACGAUGGAGAGCACGCGCGAGAGGAUCACUGUUGUGGAUAAGGUGAUUCCGGCAGAUGAAAACAUGUAUGUCAACGUAAUGAAGGCGUGCACGGCCCUCAAAGACUUCUCCAUGCUGAAAGAUGCGUUCCGUGGGAUGGCAACUCGAGGUGUGGGUCGCAGUGGUGGCUUUGGAUCGGCGAUUCGUUAUUGUCACGAGCACUCGGAUGCGACCUUUCUGGAAGAAGUACUGGAGGAGGUAUCUGCGACAGAAGAGGAGCUCGCUGGCGCUUGGAUGCUGGAGGUGGAGAACUACAACGACGCACUUGGCUGUUUCGCAGCGACGGGGAAGUUCGAACAAGCUAAGGAGCUCUUCUCACAGAUGCUCAGUAACCCGUUUAUCGUACCCGAUCACAUUACGAUGCUGGAGAUGGUGGAGAACCACCGCAAUGCGUCGAUUGAAGAGGUUUUCCACCUUAUGGAUGUGUUUCUGGAGUGGAAGUUAGCGCCGAAUCUUCAGGUCUUUACGUCGCUAUUGUCCAUCUGCAUGCGCCGGCGUCUCGUAGGUGACGCUGUCGCUCUGAUCGAAGCAAUGGAGAAGCACGACGUCGUCCUGGACGUCAAGGCGUUUACGACGAUUGCAUUCAUCCACGCGUCUCAUGGCGAUUUAAAAGCUGUGGUGGGCGUCCUUCGUGACAUGGCUACUGCGGGUGUUUCUACAGACAAGACCUUCUUCGACUACGUUAUUAACGCGCUUUAUGGCUCGUCCAGGGAAGACUUGGCCAUUCCGGAAGGGCUGUACGUCUCGCUGGUGGGCUUGGGUACCCAGAUCGGAUUGAUCGAACGUACGCUGCACAUUGCGUAUAACAUGGAGUGCGAAGGCUUUCAACUCUCCUCGGAUCAAUUGCACGAGCUGAUGGUGCGAUGCCAGUCAGAAACUGAAAUCUCAGAGUUUGUGCGUACAUUUUCUCUACUACAUCAAGGGAUACAACCGGAGACGCCACGGUUUGAGGUGGAAAUGUACGAAGAUUUGAUCUCGAUUCUGACCAAGUUCAACCGCAAGAACGAUGCCGUGAAAGUGCAGAAAUGGGCAAGAACCGCAGGACACGACGACCUCGCCAUCUAG